CAGCAAGCAGGGGCUGCGUACCACCUCCUCGGCCAUGGCACGCUUGGCCCAAGCCCCGCGCCAUGCAGCGGCAGCGCAGUCAGGCUAAGCCCCAGAGGGACAGCGUUACUGGCAGCACGAAAGCCAGUCCCGUCCCGUCCGUCCGCGCUAGCGGGGCUGCGGGGGCUGCGGGUGGCGGAGUCGCGAGCGAGGCGCCCCGACCGAGUGCGGGCGGCUGCGGGACGGGGUCAGAUCAGAAGUACGCAGGAGGAGGAAGGAGGGAGUUCGAAAACAGCGCGAAUCUGGCACGUACCGAGCCUGCAAGCACGCUGGGGACGAGCAAUCAUGGCAGAUUCCACUUGCGCAAUAAAGCUUUUGCUUCCUCUUCUUUCUCCUGAAGACAGACAGUUCGUUCAUUCGUUCACAAUCUCCUCUUUUCCCAUCCUCUUGCCUCCUCUCUCAUCUUUCUGUCUCUGUGUCUUUCAUUCUUUGAGUGUUUCUGUGCGUCGCCGUCUGCUCGCAUCUCAGUCUCUCUCUUCUGCCAGUUUCGUGGCUUGGCUUGAGGGGAAGCCGAGGGAGGUGAAGGACCUGAUCGGGAAUGGUUCGGAUGAUGGACGAUGAGGAUGACGAGCCCCUCGCCAUGCCAUUAAUAAAACUUCGAGCCCCACAGCGCCUCAAAUGGCAUUCUCCUUUUAUAUCCUUUUUCCUCGGCAACGCGGGCACCUCCCCACACCUCAUCUCACCUCAUUGGACAGCACACGGCAUCUUGAGCUUUGAACUCCAGCUGUAGAAAAAGCGAGUGUAACCGAACAGAUUUUUGCUGCUGCUGCUGCUGCUCGAGAAGAUUACGCCCUCGAUUCUUUUUAAGCCGAACAACAGCGGCAAUAAUAAGCAGCGAGUACUUUACUGUCUCUCUUGUGAUCCUCCUAAUAUCUACCAGCCGCUGCAGAUGCUCUCGACGUCUUUGUUAUCUUUCCUUCCACCCGGACGAGUCCCAGUAAAAUCAGGGACAAAAGUUUAUGCUCUUCGAGGCCCACCACCGAUCGUAGCAGCAGCAGCAGCAGCAGUCAUAGCAGCGACCAGUAGUACCUAGCCCUGACUGAGAUAUAUGUUGGCAAGGUCCACCACCAGAGGACGUCUAUCGGGAUGCACUCAUUCACGCACAUCACCGAGCAAGUUGACAGAAUCAGUUCGUUUCCUGCCUCGCCUCGCCUGUCUGCCUGCCUGCAGUACAUACACUGCUCGCAACGUAAGGAGCCGGACUACGACGAGAUUCGACAUUCUAUUCUGCGGAAAAGAUGUAUGCUUUUCCCAAAGCUGUGGAUAUAUUCUUCCCCAUACACAUGUUGGUUAGACAUCGGCCCAGACAUGAGGGACAAAAAUCUCUCCAGAAAAAGGUUCUUCCAACAUCAUCGAGGUGCUAGCAACUACUGGAAUGUCCGCUGUAGCAGCGCCUCCCUCCCUCCCUCCGCACUUUGUGAUUUAUUCUGCUCCCCGUCCGACUCCCUUCCUUCUUGGCUUGGCUUGGCUUCGGUUCGUGAGCUCCCCCCUCGAUCUGCUUCGAACCUUCGUGCCGUAGGUCGGAUCGACUUAACCUAUUGGAGUUGUCGAGAAGCGAGUGCCGAGGGCGAGAAUAGUGCAGAUGGAUGUGGACGGCAACCAGCCAACCGCUUUUCGAAAAAGAAGAUUGCAUCAUUGUUCUGGAAUUUCGUUGUGCGCCUUGUUCUCUUGCGCCCCUCGAUCCACAACUCUGGCUUUCCAGAGCUCCCACUGAUUUGGGACGCUGUGCAGCGCCUGAUGUCAUGCAGCAUGAUGUCACAGAUCUGUAAGGGCCCAGAAUUCUUUAAUCGAUUUCCCCGGCCUUAGGUUUUAUUUUAGGCUAUCUACCUCUCCGCUUCUUUCUGAGUCUUUCCGAGUCUUUCUGUGUCGUGAACGCUCGUAUGAUUCUCCAUCGCCCAGCUUCUUCCCGACAUCAAUCUGAGCCUAUGGAACUGUAUGCCUAGUUAUCAUGACCCCAACAAUCAUAAAAUAAUCCCCGUCCUUUCCACCAUCGCCGGCCCUUCACAAUCAAUGCCAGUCUUCCUCAUGCGCAUGUCUCGGGAACGCAGCAGACCAGCAGCAGCAGGACGAGAUGAGAUGACGAGUGGCCUGUACGAGCUGCAGAAACUUCGACUGUAGACGUGCUGGCCCCUGUGCUGGUAAAUUUCUCCAUCUCUCUCCCUCUCUCUCUCAAUUCAUGCAAUAGGGACGACUAACGACAGCAAGUCUUCCAAGAGACCAUUGUUCCCAAAAGUGUUUCGAAUUCUUAGGAGGAGGAUAGGAUAGGCAUCAUUGGAAAAACCUGUGCGAUUUUAAUAUGUGCGAUUCUGUUCGUUGGCAUGUUCAAAGCAUGAGAUGUCGUCGAGGUGAUUUAAUACCUCACUAAACGCAUCAUAUGAAGCUGAUAUUCCAUUUUGCAUGAAAUUCAUAGAGUUUUUUGGUGAGAAUUC